CUGUCGUUUUUGGGAGGGCCUUUGAUUUGCGUGUGAUGCGUUUCCCAUAGCAUCUGGAGAUCAAUUAUCCGUCCGUGUGAGCCAGAGGUUGGGCUGAGAGAUCAUAGUCUAGUGUGUGUGUGAACCAUUCAGCGAAAAGUAAUAUAUCCUGAUUUAUUCUGGGAGAUUGAGGUAAUUUUCUAAAACGACAUCAUUUCAAGGCCGUGGGAGGUGUAAAAGAUUGUUUAAUUAGACCGCUUUCCAUUCUUAAAAACUGUACAUAUGAGCAAUGCACAACAUUAAAUAUAUUAUUCUAACAUAGGUGAGAUUUAACGUGUGUAAAACUGCGCUUGUGUUUUCUUUGUCAGUAGUAUUUCAGCCGCAGCCUCGUAAAGACACCUUUUAUUUCCUCUGUUGUCUAAAUCCAUGCGUCGCUUAUCCACAGUCUCCAGAAAAAUGCAGAUAUGUAUCCGAGAGGGCGUAUAAUGCAUCCAUGAUCCACAGGAAUCUGGAAUCCUGGCAGCUGAUUGGCUGCUGCGUCCUGCCUCUUGUUGGGAUGGACCUGUUGGAUAAAAGGACCAUUUUCUAAAGGACUCUUGUGUUACACAGAGGAUCAUGCACUGGGGACUAUCCUGUUAAACCAUAUAAUAACAAAUAGGCCUUUCCAGCUGCACCGAAGACAUGACGGGGAAACAAGGCGCCGUGCUCUCGGAAACUUUAAACAUUUCGGAAAAAACCUCUCUGGGCGCAAACGGAGGGAGUACCGGCCACCAGCCGAAGAGCAGCGCAGCCCAUCCUCCCCCCAGGUGCACCGGCUUUGGCAUCCAGGAGAUACUGGGGCUCAACAAGGAGCCGUCCGCGGCCCCGAGGAGCCCCCUGAGCUCUCUGCCGGCCGGGGCGCAUCUGAUCGCCGCCAGAUCCGUGCUCGGCCCCGCUGGCGUGGGUGUGGGUGUCGGGAUGGGAUUAAUCGGCCCUGGUGGAAUUCCGUCGUUUUACAGCCAGCCGGCGUUUUUAGAGACUGUGCUGUCGGACGCACAAGAUGUUCACCUGCAGCCUCACAGCAGGUCCUUAGGGCCGCUGGACACCAGCCAGUCUGCCAGCUCAGGUGACCACUUAUUUCACUUAUCAUCCAUAAAUAAUGGUCUGACAAAGGUGCGGAGUUCAGACUCUGAAGAUUUGUCUUCAAAUGAACGAAAACUCUCUAAGUCUUCAGUAAGUCAAAGCAAGAAACGCAAGAAAAGACGCCACCGGACCAUAUUUACCUCAUAUCAGCUGGAGGAGCUGGAAAAGGCCUUCAAUGAAGCACAUUACCCGGAUGUUUAUGCGCGAGAGAUGUUGGCCAUGAAAACAGAGCUACCUGAAGACAGAAUACAGGUAUGGUUUCAGAACCGCAGAGCCAAGUGGAGGAAGAGGGAGAAAUGCUGGGGUCGGAGCACUGUGAUGGCUGAGUAUGGGCUGUACGGCGCCAUGGUGAGGCACUCCAUCCCCCUGCCUGAGUCCAUCCUCAAGUCAGCUAAAGAUGGCAUCAUGGAGUCCUGCGCGCCCUGGCUGCUCGUCCAAGAUGGCUUACCAAUCAACAGACGCUAUUCUAAAUCUGAAUACCCGCAACUCUUUGCAGGGAUGCACAAAAAGUCUUUGGAAUCAGGAGCUCCCCCGUCUACAGGAAAGUCUGACGCACCCCAGCAGCCAAGCUCUCAGAGGCCGGAAGACGCUGAAGGGGAGGAGAAGAGGUCGGAAGGGAAGUCCACCAUUUCUAAAGAGGAACUGAGAGAGAACAGCAUCGCUGCACUGAGGGCCAAGGCGCAGGAGCACAGUGCCAAAGUGUUAGGGACAGUCUCUCAUGACAGACUGAUGGAGGGAAAACAGGAGAGACAUGCAGCCGAGGAGAAACCUGGAGAUCCCCUGAGUCCACCAGAGGAAGCCAAAAGUCCUUAGAGACUCUCAAGAUCCUGAAGACUGUUAUUCUCUUGAGUGAAUGGCUGCUUUCAGCAUGGACUCACCUAACGUUACACACUGUCCUGCAGGUCCGCUUUGUAUUGAACUCAUCCCUCAUAAGCCGACCUGCAUCUGGACUUUUUCUAGAAGACAACUCAUCUGGCUGCACAGAGAAAGCAAAUGCACUUUUCUUGAUUUACCAUCCAAACUUACAGUUUACGUACAGUUGUUGUGGCUUAUGCGUAGUAGAGAAGAAACCUCAUCUGACUGAGUGGGUGUAAAGUAUUAAUGUUGGUGUAUAUAGAUUCCACAGUUGUGUACACAGCCAGAUGAGUAAGGUUUUAUCCAGUAUAUCCACGUCACCACACUGAUGAAGACUGACCAAUGAGGAGACUACAUUUCAUUCUCGACAUUCAUUUUAAUGUCUGUUUAAAUUGCUUGUACAGUUACUAAAUGGUGACAUUUGAAGUGAAAACCAUCCCACCGACAGUACUCUUUUAAGAGACAGAAAGUAAUUGUCGUCCUAUACCGCACUGUACAUAAUUGAUAUAUUAAUCUCUCUUACAAAGGCACAAUUUUAAAUAUGUUUUCUUGUAGUCUUGAAAAAUGUUUGUGUUUUUAUUUCAAAGUAUGUAUAACUAAAAAUAUACAGCAAAAAAUAGAAAUCCUUUUAUUAAAUGCGACUUCUUGGUGUCCAUUAUUCUACUCUCCUUCCAUGCAGAUGAUUUUAAGAUAUCGCUCCAUAUUAUUUUUCAUACUUUUAUCCACCACCUGACCAUGUACAAGGCAUUGGUUUAACUUUUAAACAACAUGAUGCUGCCCUCGCUGUUGGAAUAGCUACUUGUUGUCACUUGAUGCUCUGCUGGCUUGGCUCAUUAGGAGACAGUCUCCGGCUGCAUGCUUGGGUUAGUCCCUAUAAUCCGUUGCAGUUGAGAGCCUUCAAUUUCAGAUUAAACUAGGGGACUGGUGCUUUUGGGACAGGAGAAUGAGUGAAAGCACCCCCAAGCACGAUGACCUCAGCUUGAAUUCAAAUCACUUUGAUAGAUGUCAUUAUCAGGCAACACUCAAGCUGUUUCAUCCUCUUAUCUAAAUACUUAGCCAAACAGUUUUCUGUGUUGCUAGUCUUCAUCCUCUGCUCCUGCAUAAAGCUUUGCACCAUACCCCUUGAACUCACCAUAUCUGCAUGUCUGCAUUAGCUGUAAUCCAUUUCUCAUUUUACACUUCAUCCUCAGUUAGCUAAUGGAGCUUCCUAAUGAGUUAAACAUUUGGGUUCUAUUCCAAUUAAACAGAGAGCAAUUCCAAAGGGCAAGGGACGACUAUUAUCAGUCUGCUGCUGCAUAGCUCAGCACUGAAUGGCUUUCAGAUUGGUAACAUAAUGUCACUGGAUGGGAAAAAAGGUUGCUAAUUACACCGUGGACAGAGAUAAGUAUACAAAUACUUAUUAAUGAUAGCUAGAAAUUGGAUUUGCAUGUGUAAGGGUCGCAAAAAUGCUAAAAAAAAGAAAAAAAGGAAUUCGGGAAUAACACUCAUUUUUAAAAGAUAGUCCAGAAUGUAAAAAAAAAACUGUACAAAUUAAGAGCUAUGAGAAUAAAAAUGGAGAUUUGUGAAUUAAUGUUCCCAUGCAAAUAUACAGGCAAUAGACAGGGCAGAGGUGACAGGAAUUUAAUAUCUUGUUUGACGAACACUUGAUUAAAAACAUGUUUGCUCAUC